AGGAUGGUCUUUCUCGGGUCUGGGGAAGUGAAGGCCAGAGAGGAGUCGGGACAGUGAAGGGAGGUAGCGGGAGGCAACCACUCCAGCCCGGGGGCGUAGACCUAACGCUGGGGCGUGGUUUUCUCGGGGCGGGAACUCUGAUGGGGGCGGGGCCAGUCUGUGGGCCCAGACGUGGCGCAGCGGCCCGUUGGUUCUCCUCCAGCUUGCGGAUCAUUUUCUGCAAGGUUCCGAUGGGCCUCCUGCUGUCGCCGCCGCCGCUGUUGCUACUUCUCGUGGCGCUUGUGGUCCCAGCCACCGCUGUCACCAACUAUCGGCCGAACUGGAACCGUCUGCGCGGCCUGGCCCGGGCCCGGGUAGAGACCUGUGGAGGAUGACAGCUGAACCGCCUAAAGGAGGUGAAGGCCUUCGUCACCGAGGACAUACCAUUGUACCACAACCUGGUGAUGAAACACCUCCCUGGGGCCGACCCCGAACUCGUACUGCUGAACAAUCUUUACGAGGAAUUAGAGCGUAUCCCACUCAGCCCAAUGACCCGAGAAGAGAUCAACGCGCUGGUGCAGGAGCUCGGCUUCUACCGCAAGGUGGCGCGCGAUGCUCAGGUGCCCCCCGAGUACUUGUGGGCCCCGGCUAAGGCCCCGGAUCGUGCUGACCUGUAGGUGCGAGGGCACAGCGGAGCUGGGGCCACCCUGCCUGAGCCCUGAAGACCGAAUGAAGUGCUCAGCAUCCCGGGAGCACCUCCCUCGCUGAGGACUGAUGCCUGUCUUCUAGCCAGCAGGAAUAGGGUUGGGGAAGGCCUCCCCCCUCCUUCCUUUUCCAGCUCCACUAAAUACCCUUACACCUUGA